GAGACCGCAUUCCCCAUCUCGUCUGUUCGUCCGAACUCCCAGAAGACUUGGCAUUGCGGGUCAGUGCUACAGUUCUUGCUGGGUUGUAAAUCUGCUUUUGGUGGGAUGUUGGUCAGAAUGAAGUCAUAAAGGUGCAGAUAGAUGGCAGUGUAUAAAGAUAAUUCAGACUUUAUACUCUGAGGCCAGCGUUGCCCGUUCAGAGAGAGCCCGGAGCUGAAAAACAUGGUCUUCACCACUGCCACCUCAAGCUCUGCUGGUCGAUCUCCAUUUUCAGGAACGCUGCUGUCGGGCUUCAGUUUCAUGUCAGAAAUCCUGAUCUGCCUUCCAAAAAUAAGCUGCCGCCAUGCUGAAGGAAGAAAAACAAGAAGGGCGGUAUUUUUAGGGUCAUUAAUUGGGACCACGUGCCCAGGAGGUGAACCGGAUGGCUAUUGCACAAAGGUGGCUCACCACUAUGUCCUACGAGGCCAGCACUCACUGGACGUUUUCUGCGAUUGUUCUCUUGGGGUUUGUGGUGGGGAUUGUGUCAUCAUAUCCAAUUCCAAGCAGGACUAACGAUGCAUUGUUGGAGAGGAGAUGGGAAACUAUGUUUUCCCGGACUAUUCUUGGGAUCUCAGGGGAGAACUCAGAACUGAACUGGGAGAGUGACUAUUUACUGGGGAUUAAGAGAGUGCGGAGGCUUUACUGCAAUGUAGGCAUCGGGUUUCACCUUCAGGUCCUACCAGAUGGAAGGAUAAACGGAAUCCAUACUGAAAACCAGUACAGUUUAAUAGAAAUCUCAACAGUAGAGCGUGGAGUUGUUAGCCUGUACGGGGUGAAGAGUGAGCUGUUUGUGGCAAUGAACACCAAAGGACGGUUAUAUGGAACGGCUGUUUUUCAUGAGGAGUGCAAGUUCAGGGAGUCCCUGCUUCCCAACAAUUACAAUGCAUACGAGUCCUCAGCCUACAGCGGCUCUUACAUUGCGCUCAGCAAGCAUGGGAGAGUCAAGAAAGGAAGUAAAGCCUCGCCUUCCAUGACAGUGACACAUUUUCUUCCAAGAAUAUGAAGAAAGAAGCCAUCAGCAAUUUGAUUUUCCAUAACUUGCACAUGUUAUAUUCUCCCAGGUAAAACAAAUAAUAUAUAUCCAUAGUAUUUAUUUGGUCAUUUUAUAUGUAUAUUUGGUUAGUUCAAUUGGUAUUAGACUUUGUAUAUGCCAUAUUUUGCUGCUUAUUGUAUGUUAAUGUUAUUAUUAAUACCUAAGGGACUUAACGUUGGUCUCUUCACUUUCUGUAUGUGUGCUCACCAUGACUGGUAAAUAGAUUUAACCCUGUCACAAGGAUGACAAAUAUCCUUAGCUUUUAGAAGUGCAAUGGGUACUUUUUAUUACCUCAAAUAGUACCCUUCUGACUGACAAUGAUACAUGAAGAUACGAUGAAUGGAACGUCCAUUUAUGUCUAGUCAUUUAAGAAGACUCGGUUUUCUUCCCAUACCACAGGGAAGUGCCCCGGUCAGAUUCCUUUUGGAUCUGGCUUCAUUGACUGUGCAGAAACCGCAGGCUGUCUUUAAAAGUGCAUUUUAAUACUGCAGCACCAAAACAAAGUUCCAUAGAAAGUAGCCUGAUACAUCAUCUAUUUCUUAGGUUUUUAACACUGCAAAAGUAGAGAUGAUGGGCAAACACUGCAAUACAGUAAACUGGAACAACAGAAUAGCAAAUGACAGUAAUAUACACCCCCUUGUCAAGGAUAUGAAUAACAUAUUACAGGUCUCAAUUCCAUGAAAGCAUUGGUCACUGUGAUCCAGCAUAUCAUAGCAAAAUCCUAUUCAUCGUUUCAUUAAAACAGUUAAAGUGGUUCCCAUGAUAUAGCUUUCAUAGCUCAGACUACGAGCUACACAUGAGUUACACAUUCACCUAUGCAAAGUUCCACCAAAUUCAGACAAGCACUUCCCAAGAUAUAGCCAUUAAUAAAUGAGAAGCCUGAGAUGCAAGGGGUCUUGCAGGGAAUAAUAGCAUGAAAUAUAAGCAAACUGUCCUCACAGGGUUAAAUAUACAUGUAUGCAUUACUUUUAUAGUGUAUAAUUACAUGCAAAGGCUGCUGUUUGUUUUACCUUGAAAUAGACGUCCUUUUGUUACUGAAAAAAAGUUUAUUUUAAUCUAGAAAAGACUUAUUGGACAACAUAUGUACAACAUAUUGUUUUUAUAACCCUGUAGGAAUGCCAAUGAUGCAGGGGUAUAGGCUCCUUCCCAAAUACCUGAGAAAUCCCUAUAAAAUGUCUGUCGAUUGGAGCCUUUAAAUUCCUGCAGCUCGCCCCAUUUAAACCAUUUGUAGUACAAGGUUAUGAAAUGUGUUCUUUGGUAGAGCAUUAGUGCUUCUGGUUCCAAAGGUAAGAUUACUAGGCACUGCAGUGUCUGAAUUGAUGACUGAAGCCUGUGCAAGCUUGUAGGACAAACACAUUGCUACCUGUGGCCCUAUUUCAGAGCACGCUCUAAAGCAAAGGUAGAUUUUCACAGAGGAAUACAACAAUUGCAAUGGUAUAAAAACAAUAACUGUUAUUUACAAAAAGGUGCAGUCGAAUUACAGUUCCUAGUAGUUUGUUGAUGGGUUUAUUUUGGUAAAAUGAUUUAUUGCUUUAAAAUAGGACCCUGAUGUCUUGACAUUUAAACAUGAGUAGCUUAAGCACUUUUAGUAGGAAGCAGUUGAAGCUCCUGCAUGAACAUGUUUUAUUAAUCACCAAAUGUUACCUGGAGUGCCUUCUUUAAGCAACUUGUGUGCCAAGAGCAGGUAGACGUUGUUUAAGGAAUACGUAUAUAUUGUAAUUUUGAAAUGGUAGCUUUUUACUGUAACUUGAGCCCAAUCACCAUUUAAUUAUGUCAGUUCAAUGUAUAUAUA